GCAUCCAUUUUUGUCGAUGCCCAGCCGCAUGUUAUCGUUUGUACUCAGGAAAGGCCAUGGUCACUGACGGUUUCACAGUCCAUGUUCGUUGGUGACCGCUUUGAUCCCCUGGACGAAUGGGAUGCUUCCAAGUGUACUGUUGUUACGAUUCCAGCAGAUAUCAUGGAACCGAAUGACCCAGAGGAUGAACCAGAAGAAGAAGAAGAAGAAGCUAUCGAGGGGGUGGAAAAAUGGAGAGCACCUUCCCUCUCCCACAAUCGCGAUUUCUGCUACCUUCUGUAUACGUCAGGUUCCUCUGGCAAACCGAAAGGAGUGUGCGGAACUGAGGCAGGGUUGGUGAACAGGCUGAGCUGGAUGCACAAGAGGUGGCCAUAUAAAGAUCACGAAGUCUGCUGCUUCAAGACGGGCAUAGGGUUCGUUGAUCACUUGACGGAGAUGCUGGGACCAGUGCUGCAAGGGAUCCCGUUGGUGAUUCCCAAUCAGUUCCGUCUGGCUGGUGACCCAAUGUCACUGGUGGCAUACAUACAGGCCUAUGCCAUCACGCGACUUGUUGCUGUCCCAUCGCUGAUGAGGACGAUACUUCCAGCUCUGCGGGAGCGCUAUGUGAAGCGUGGUGAAGCAUGUACUCUUCAACAUCUCAUCUUGAGUGGAGAGGCGCUCUCUUGGUCCUUGGUGAGGGAUUUAAGGACAGUUCUUCCUCAAGACUGCCACAUUCUUAACUUGUAUGGCAGCACAGAGGCGUCAGGGGACUGCCUGUAUUACAGUGUUCCGAUCGCAGAGAGGGAACGGAGGAGGAGUCUUCAGGAACUGCAUGUCCCAAUAGGCAGGGCUAUUGAUGGAUGCUGCGCUCACAUUUUGGAUGAGGAUCUCAAGCCCACCCAGGCUGGUCAGGUGGGCGAGCUUUUUGUUGGUGGAGUAUGCUUGGCAUCACAAUAUUGGCGGUCGCCUGAGGCAACAACAAGCAGUUUCAUCAACUUGUCGGGAAAGACAUUGAUCAGUGAGGGACAUUGUAAGCAUCAGGGACAAUCAGCUCUUGAGUGUGAAUUGGACAGCCAAUUCUUGCAGGAUGAUGCUGGUAUAAUGCAGGAAGAUGGACAUAGUCGUUUAACGUCGACAUUAUCCACCAUCGCAGUAGCCACUGGCGGUGCAUUAUCCACUGAUACAUUAGCCACUUGUGGUGCAUUAUCUACUGGAGGUGCAUUAUCUACCGUUGGUGCAUUAUCCACAGGUGGUGCCAUUAGAACAGUAUUAUCAACUAAUUGUGCAUUAUCCACUGGUGGUGUAUCAUCCAUUGGUGCCUUAUCCAUUGGAGCAUUAUCCACUAAUUGUGCAUUAUCCACUGGUGGUGCCAUUGGAACAUUAUCCACUGAUUGUGCAUUAUCCAUUGCAGCAUUAUCCACUAAUUGUGCAUUAUCCAUUGGUGGUGCAUUAUCCACUGGAGCAUUAUCAGUUGGAGCAUUAUCCACUAAUUGUGCAUUAUCCACUGGUGGUGGUGCAUUAUCCGCUGAUGCAUUAUCGACUAGAACAUUAUCUAGUGGUGGGUUAUCCACUGAUGAAUUAUCAACGGGCGCAUUAUCCAUUGAAGCAAAGAUGAUCAAGAAAGGGUUGCAGCCAUGUGGUGUGUGCGGAGUUACGAGAGUUGUGUACCGCACUGGAGACUUGGCUGUCAUGCCAAAUGAGACUGAGGCUUGCAUGUCAAUUGUUGGGCGCAAAGAUAGACAGGUCAAAAUCAGAGGACACAGGGUGGAGGCAGGAGAUGUGGAGUGCUUGUUGCUUCAGCAUCCGGUUGUUGAUCAUUGUGCUGCCAAGUCCUGGCCAAUAUUCGAACCGGAACUGGGUAGGGAGGACCACCAACUGGUGGCAUACAUAGUGCUAAAGCACCUAAAGCUCACAAGGGAAAAUUAUGGAGAUUCCGAAAGGAUGUCAUCCUUUACUGAGGGAUGGGGUGCAGACCAUACGGCACAUCACACUUCUUUUGGUGCCGAUGACUCCGUCAGUAUAAAUAGUGCUGAUCGUCGGCAAGAGAAGGAGACAGAUGAGUUGCUGCGAAGAGAACCGCAGGCAGUGGUGGCGUCAGCAAGACGGAGAGGGGGAGAAAAAGGUGGUAUAGAAGAAAGAGGCAAUGUUGCACAGCUGGUCACAUCGAGCAUUUCGUCGGACAGCAGGGCACAGGAAGACCAGAAGGGACAGCAUGUGGAUUCUAGCGCUGCGAAGAGGUGGAAGAGAGAGCUUAAAAGGUGGAUGACCCAAAGAGUACCGGAGUUUAUGGUGCCUUCAGAUAUCCUAUUUAUCGAGAAGAUGCCGUUCACAGAGUCCGGAAAGAUAAACUAUUUGGAGCUGCAAGCGCCAGAAUGGCUUCGUCGCGACAGAAGUACAAUGCACAGGGACAGCCCCACAAGGAUAUUCCCUGGGAGUUACAUGGGACAUACUGUGCGGCAGGGCGAUGCAGUUGCCAGUGCUAAACAUGUGCAAGUGGUCUUGAAGACCUUUGAAACUGUGCUUGGCUUUCACAUAAAUAUGGAGGAGAACUUUUUUGACGUUGGUGGCAGCUCUGUUCUAGCAGCUCAUGUGGCAUUUGAACUCGGGCUGGAGCUUCAGACGGUCUACGAGUAUCCAAGAGCACGCGAUCUGGCAUUGUUUCGGCAGAGCAAGGAUGGGGCAAAUAACAACGAGACUGUCACUGCUAAUGACGCAGUAGCCUUCGAGAGGAUCGACAGCCUUGAGGGGCAGUGUAAAAAAGCAGUACCCUUUGAAAGCAGUAGCCUUCCAGUAUCUCGGGAGCACGAAGGCAAGAGGAAAACACCAGGAGAUGUUUUGCCAAAGUCCUUCGAUCAUGCCAUGAGGGGCUCCGGUGAAUCCCCACCUGCCAAGCUUCUGCGCCCCACAGACCCACCUGACAAUAGUCUGGACCUGAGCACUAGUGCCAUUAACGAUGGUGAAGCAGUGGGUGUUAAAGAGAGGGAUGGUUAUAGCCUGAGCACUGACCAUGGUGAGACUGUGAACAACAAGAAGGUUCCUUCUGGUCAGGAAUGCUCACUGUUGCAGCCUACCCUGCCGGCGCACCCUGUCCCUGUGUUUCCAGAGUCUGUCGCAGGUUUGCCGUGCAGUUUCUCCAUGACUAGGAUGAAUAGAAUAACUCCUCUUAUGUGUCCUAUGUCGGAUAGAUCGCGUAACGAACGUGCAUAUGGUCCUUCAUCAUUCUCUCCAGCACAUGCCACCCCAUUCGAGGAAAUAUCUAUAGAGCCAGCGCAACUGGGAAUGAAGGAGACAUGGAGGGUGCGGCUUGGGUCAUGCGUGGACGCUUCUCCUUUGCUUGUCAGGCGCGGCAACAAGUGGAAUGUGUUUAUUGGCUCUCACGCCAACAACUUUGUUUGCAUAGACGCUGUCAGCGGGACUAAGGUGUGGGAGGCACAGCUUGGAGGAAGAGUUGAGUCCACAGCUUCUUCAACGCUGGAUGGCAGCCUGGUUGUGGUGGGAUGCUACGAUGGAUGUAUCUAUUUCCUUUCUGCAUGCGACGGAAGGAUUGAUUGGACCUUCAAGACAGAUGGAGAGGUCAAGUGUCAGCCAGUUGUUGCCCCAUGGAACGGGUUUAUCUGGUGUGGCUCCCAUGAUCAUCACCUCUACAUUCUGGAUUCCAGUAUGAAGGUCUGCGUCUCAAGACUUCACUGUGGGGGAAGCAUCUUUGGCGCGCCCGCUAUUGACCCGGAUCGCAUCAUGGUUUAUGUGGGAACAACAAGUGGGAGUGUCAUUGCAGUGACAGUUAAGGGAAUACCCGAGAAGAUGUGGGAGUACUCCACAGGUGCGCCCAUUUUUGCGAGCUUGGCUGUGACCAGAUCCAAGGGAACAGUGAUCUACUGCUGCGUCGAUGGGACUGUGGGAGCCAUUCAGCCAGACGGGUCUCAUAUCUGGAAGUUCAAGGCUGGUGCACCUAUCUUUGCAGGUCCUUGCCUCUCAUCUGCACUUCCGGGUCAGGUCCUCGUCUGCUCAAGAGCUGGUCUAGUCUUUUCACUGGCAACCGCGGAUGGCUUCCUUCUUCGCAGUCGUUCUCUAGGGACGCCAAUCACCGCCUCAGCGUGUGUCGAAGAAUGUACGGUGAGGAGGACAAGAAACUCAAGUGGACUCGCACAAAACUUUGCAGAGAGGAACUCGUCCUUCAGGUUGGCCUGUGUCUGCACAGCAGAUGGUGGAAUUAGGUUGUUGUGGGUGGCAACAGAUACUGAGCUGUCUGACAAAGAAUCAUCGAGUUCUAUGGAACCAGCAGCAAGUGUUGAUCUGAGUGAAGACAUCUUCUCUUCUCCCAUGAUGAUAGGUGGCCGAGUCUUCGUUGGCUGCCGAGACGAUCAUCUGACAAACGAGGCCGCUGUCUUGGAGGCAGCAGUGGAGACGGGGAGCAUCUCCACUGAAGUGGCAUCUGUAACGGCCAAUCUGACAACAGAUGCCUCGGCGGACAGGGCCUUUGUAACGACCGAUCUAACCAUGAAUGCGUUGGUGAUGAGCUCGAUGACGAGGGGGUAUUGGAGGAGGAAGAAGAGGGAGAAGAGGAAGAGGAAGACGAAGAAGAAGAGGCAGGUGACUGAGAGGAUGCUGGUAGUGAUGAUGGUGAUGGUGGCGAUGAUGAUGGUGGUAGUGAUGGUGGUGGUGGUGGUGGUGGUGGUGGUGGUGGUAGUGGCGGUGGAGGAGGCGGUGGCUGUGGUGGCGGUGGAGGAGGUAUACCUUCAGCAGCAGCAGCAGUUAUCGUAUUCGUAGGAUGCUGGCCUUCAUCCCUUGCAACCACUUCGGUAACAUUUACAUUGUUCAUUGUGGCUGGCACGGUCUCCAACUGAGUUUUUGUAUCAGCAUUAGUGCCUGCCAUUUCAGCAGGAAUAGCAGGAGAGGGCGGGCCCGCUGCAUUUGAUUGUGUGGAGGGUUGAUGCUGCUUGUGGUAAAGAUUUGUGUUAGGUAGUGGGUGGUGAUCUAUUGUGUGCGGUUGUGUGGAGGACCUGCACACAGAGCUGGCAUUCGGGAGUGGGUGAGCAAUUGCCCAGCCAUGCGGCGAAACCAGUUCGAGAGCCGUGUGACAUGAGUAGGUAGACAGCGCUGCCGGGCUUACACAUAUGCAGUCCAACCUCUAGCCAGGACACUGGGAGGAUGGCCCCUAACAAGCAUACGUCGUGUCAGGGAAGUCCGUGCUGCAUGGAAGUCAGUGGUAUUGUUACAGCUAUGCUUGAGUCUCGUAAGCUGUCCUGUGAGCACACUUGCGGGCUGAUGAGCUGGGGCAUUGGAGGAAGCACUGGAUAACGUAUGAGAGGGAAUGUCCAGGCCUCAACCUUAUCAAAAAUGCCAAUGCGAAGUGAGAGAUGUGGCCAAGCCAGGAUUCUUGCUCCAAAGAAUAGACAUGACCGAUCUUGCUCAGUAGUGUCUUUCCACCCAAGACCAUACCAAGCAAGAGAGGGCGGUGAUGUUUCUUCCAAGAUAGAAUGUCAUCAAUGCAUUGGUAUGUGAAUGCAUAUGCUUGCGCAAUGCGUAGAUCUCGCUGAUGACGAUCAUCGAUGAAUUGUGCUUCGACCCAAUAAAGCGUGACGUUGGCA